AUUGAGAGUUUUAAUAAAAAAAAACACAACUAUUAAACACAUAUAUUAAAUAUUAAAUAUCUAAAACAGUAUUUAAAAACAAAAUGUCGCUUAAGUAUGAUUUCACAGGAAAGGUAGCUCUGAUAACUGGUUCGAGUUCGGGUAUCGGUGCGGCCACUGCUCAACUGUUUAGCAAAUCGGGUGCCAAUGUUGUAGUCACCGGUCGUAAUGCCGAUGCUGUGGCCAAAGUAGCCAAACAGUGUACAGAUGUGUCACCGAAACAGUUGACUGCACUGGAAGUUGUCGGCGAUUUGACUAACGAAGAGGACUGUAAUCGUCUGAUUGAGACAACUGUCCAAACGUUUGGCAAAAUUGAUAUAUUGGUCAACAAUGCCGGCGCUGGUUUUCUCUCAUCAAUUGACGACACAGAUUAUAUGGAAAAAUUUUCAUUAAUUAUGAAAACAAACUUGAAUUCAAUGGUUUAUAUGACCCAUAAAUGUGUGCCAUAUUUGGCCAAAACUCGGGGCAAUGUUAUCAAUAUAUCGAGUAUUGCAGCGAAAAAAUAUUUUUAUAUACUUUCGGCUUAUUGUACGUCAAAAGCCGGAGUCGAUAUGUUUACCAAAUGUAUGGCCGCAGAGUUGGGACCCAAACAUCAUAUCAGAGUCAAUGCAAUACUUCCCGGUUAUGUGGAGACAAACUUUACAAAUUCAUAUGAAUUACCGAAAGAAAUUAUCGAUCAAUCAAUCGUUGAAAUGGGCGCCAAAUAUCCGGUCGGUAGGAUUGGCCAGAGUCAGGAUAUUGCCAACACUGUUGCCUAUUUGGCCAGUGAUACGGCGGCCGGGUUUCUGACCGGCACUUGUCUGAUAGCCGACGGCGGCGAUAUUGCCGCCAAUGUUUAG